AGACAGCUGCCCACUGUUGUGCAAUUUUCCGUAACUCCCGACAUUUCCACCCACGUCCGUCAAACAUGUCAGCGGCGGCACUGGAAGGAGCUGACAGCAUGGAGAUGCGUUGUUUCGGGCGUCGCUAGGGUCCCGGGACAAUGCGUUUCUACGUGACGCCGCGCGACUUCUACCCGCAGCGAUCUGCCAGCAGUGGCGCGUCGAGUGCAGGCGGGACAGCCGGCGAGCCACGUCAUUGGUUGAGUUUCGCCUGUCUGUGGCUGGCUCCGCUGUCCCUGGGCGUGCUACUGGGCGCUCUGCUCUGCUCGCUGCUGCUGCUGCAGCUCGCCCUCGUGCCGCUGGACGCGCAGGGAGGGCACAACGGGCAGCAGCUGCUGCACUCAGGCGCUCACCCAUGGCAGGGCGCGCAGGGGACAGAGCAUGGGGCGCAGGGGACAGAGCAGGGCGCCCAAGGGGCAGAGCAGGGGCCGCAGGGGGCGCAGGGGGCAUGGCAGGAGAGAGGAGCAGCUUCGCCACACCUGCCUCUGCUGCCCCACUCGCCUGCAGCUGCUCCCAGCGGCUCUUUGCCCUCUGGCCCCAGCGCUGGCGCUCCCACUGCGCCACACCCUGGCGCUGACCCUGGCCGUGCUGUGGGUGAGCUCCACGAGGCGACAGAGGCUGCAGAGGCAUGGGCGGCUGCAUAUGGCAUGGCUGACCUUCACGACAGGCACCCAGCCGUGCGAGCGCUGGUGCUGGCGAACUGGCUGGUGAUGCGGCAGCGCCAGGAGGCGAUGGCCGUAGCAGCUGAGGACGAGCGGGGCAUGGCGGCCGUGCUGCACGCUGCCAUGCAGGAGCUGGAGAGGGAGCGCCUUGUGCCACAUGGCACUGUCUCAUUGGUGCAACCCGAGUCCGUGCCAGUGCUGUUGCAGGCAGUGAGAGUUAGCCGGGAGGAGGCUCAACAGGCAGGCAGGGAAGGGGAGACAGGAGCAGCAGCAGCAGCAGCGGGGGUGCAGGCAGCACAGCAGGCGUUGCGGGCUGCGCUGGCAGUGGCGAGUGGGCAGACGGCGGACUUUGCUGCCCUCCUGCGAGAGGCAGAGGUGGCUGGGCGAGUGGGGGGUGGGGCAGCACAGGCGGAUCCGGGAGAGGGGUCGCGCGCAGUGGAGGGCGGGGGUGGGGGGGAGAUUUGGGCGGGUGGGAGGGAGGGAGUGCGGCGGUGUGUGGCGCUGCAGUGUGGGGUGGAGGCGCAGCAGAGGGCAGUCGCUGCAGUGCGCGCGCGGGUGGAGGUGCUGCAGAGGGAGGGCAGGGCAUGGGCGGGGCUGCAGCGCCAGGCGAUGUGGGGCGCGGGGGAGGGCGCAGGGGGCGUGGCGGGGGAGGCGGUGCAGGCGGGCAGCGUGGCGACGGUGGGCGACGUGGAGGCCAACCUCACCGCCUCCCCUGCUGACGCCCCCCACGUGGAGUCAUUCCAGCGCCUCCUCUUCUCCCUCCGCCCUCUCGCCUCCCUGUUCUCGCUGCCCCUCGCUGCCCUCAUCUCCCCCAACGCCACCGACCAGCUCGCCCCUCGCCUGCAGUCCCUUGUCGACGCCACAUCAGCCCGCCUCGAAACCGCCUCUGCCAGCCUGGCAGCCACCCAGUCAGCGCUGGCAGCGUCCCAGCAGCAGCUGUGGGUGCGGUGUGGCGUGCGGGGGGGGGGCAUGGCGUGGGAGGCGCAGCACGACAGCGAGCUGCAGCGGUACAGAGCAGUGGCAGGGGCGGCGUUUGACAAGUGGUGCGUGCCGUGGGGGGACGCCCGCCCCUCUCACCGCCUCUCUGCUGCCCUUACUGCGCCCCCUGAGGUCUGGUGGAGGGGGGGCUUGUGGGAAGGCGGGAGUGGAGGGGGGGAUGUGGGGGGCAAGGAUGCGAGUGAGGGAGAAGGGGAGAUGAAGGCUGGCAGUGCAGUGGGUGGGGCGGCACAGGGUUCUCCCGUGAUCUCGUUUCUGCUGCUGCCACACCCUGCACCACAGCACUCGGCAUCAGCAGAGGCAAUGGCAGCACCGGAGCACAUGGUGCAGCGCCUUCAUGCCUGCGCUGCUAGGGUCACUCACACCCCAGCAGCAGCAGCAUCCACCCAUGCCAGCGACUCUCCCCCCACCGCUCAUCCUAUUCACCCCCCUCUUGCUGAGUUGCUGCUGCUGCUGUCACCUAACAGCAAGCAGGCAGAGGGGCAGCAGGCAGAGGGGCAGCAGGCGGAGGGGCAGCAAGCGGAGGGGCAGCAGUUGGGGUCCAUGGGGGAGCAGGUGGUGGCGUGGCAACAGGCAGCUCGCAGCAUUGACUCACGGGAGAUGCUCGUGCUGCCGCUUGUGGUGCCGCACAUUGCUGCUGCUGCUGCUGCUGCUGCUGCUGCUGCUGGAGGCGCAGCAGAUGCAGCCAGUGGGGAGGGAGCGAAGGGGGGUGCAGGCACAGCAGAGACGGUGCUCAUGUCGGAGUGGGAGAGGCUUGACCUGCUGGCCCGCGCUGCCACCGGCCGCCUGCUCCUCAUGCUGACGUGGCGUGACCUGCCAGCUGUGAUGCAUGGGGAGGGUGAGGAGGCGUGCGAGUGGCUGGAGCAGCUGGUUGCUGCGAUGGCAGGGGAUGGCCGCAUGGGGGUGGUGGGGGUGAGGACAACCAGCAUGGAGAGGGGCGUGGGGAAGGGAGAGGAGGAGAGAGAGGGCAAGGAAGGAGAGUGGGAGGGGGAGGCAGGUGGUGAGGCAGUGGUGGCGGCAAUGGCGGAGUGGGCAGCACUGGGCAAGGAGGGCACGGAUGGCAGGGAGGGAGUGGGUGGGACUGACAGGGGUGAUGGAGGCACGGGGGCAGCAGGAGGCACAGGGCAGGCAGUGAGGCGCCUGGCAGGCUAUGUGGAUGGCACUCCCCUCCUCGUGCAGCGCCACGCCCUCGUGUCACUUGGCGGGCUAGGACUGGUUCCUGGAGCGCCAGCUGCCGGCCCGGCAGCAGCAGUGGCGGGUUGGGUGCUCUGCACUCGCAUGUGGCUUGGGGGCUUCAAGGUUGCUCGGGUCACAUCUCGUGCACUACAACCUUUUGUUAAGGCCUUAGCGUAUUCUCGUCUGAUGUUAGGUCACGCUUCUCAAAUAAACGGCCCAUUUCCAUUGGCCGCCUAUCAUGCACAAUUCCUUAGGUUCCUAGGCAAGAUUACUGUUGAUGUUAUUGAGUGUUUUAACAGUACUAAGUAGUGUAUUGAUAACCGAUAGUUGAUAAUUGGAGGUGAGGUG